AAUAAAACAACAUAUGCAAGUUUUCCGCUGUUCAAAACCCCAAAACUCCUAUUAAUACCCGAUUUGUAGCCGCAAAUGUCAGUGUUGUUCUGACAACAAGCAAACUACCAUGGUGUGCAAGAUUGUAUUCGGCUUACUUCUGGUUGACUUAGCAUACGGGAGUUCGUUGUCCCGUAUAAUUGGCGGCUCUGAUACUACAACUUCAAAACACCCCCAUCAAGUUUCUCUCCGAAAUAGAAACGGGUAUCAUAUAUGUGGUGGGUCAAUUAUUAAUGCAAACUGGGUUCUAACUGCUGCCCACUGUGUUACCGGAGCUGCAUCGGGUUAUAGUAUCGGUGUAAAUGAUGGAACACUGAAUAACGGACCUGUUUUUGGCGUGAGCAAAAUCUUUUCUCACCCGGACUAUAACAGCAAUGGGUUCGCAGGUGCAUAUCCAAAUGACGUGGCUCUUCUACGUUUGAGCAGCCCAAUAUCUCUAGGGUCAGGUGUAGAAGCUAUCAGCCUAGCAGCAACUGGUCAGAACUUUGACAGGGCAACAUGCACCAUAACUGGAUGGGGUAAUACUGCUACUGGUAGCACGGUAAGUAACCCGACACAACUACAGGAAACCACGGGGAGGAUACUGACAAACUCGGAGUGUACGUCCUCCUGGGGUAGCAACUAUAAUGGAAAUGUCCACAUCUGUAUUCACAACACUGCAACUGGAUCUUGCAAUGGUGACAGCGGUGGACCAAUGGUUUGCUCGGGUGUUCUUGCUGGCGUGACAUCAUGGGGCUACUCUGGAUGUAGGACGGACUUUCCAAGCGUCUACGCCCGAGUAUCAACAUUCAAGGAAUGGGUCGACUUCACUGUGGCGACUAAUUAACAACAGACUGAUAACUUGUAAAUUUGAUUGUCAAACUUACGACCAAUAAAUCAACUUCAAGGCAUGCAA